AUGGCAAAAUUCGAUAUGAAGACUGUGUGGUCGGAUAUUGUGCAGUAUCGGAGAGCAUAUAUCUUGACAGCGGUCGCCUCAUUUGGCGGCAUGCUCUUCGGGUGGGAUACUGGUUUGAUUGGCGGUGUGCUCACAAUGGACGCGUUCCAGCACUCAUUCAAUCUGGAUAGGGAAAGCCCCGACUUCGCCAAUCUACAGGGCAACAUUGUGUCCGUUCUUCAAGCAGGUUGCUUCUUCGGAGCAAUGUCCUCGUUCUACAUCAGUGAUACGUUCGGGCGCAAGAAGGCUCUGAUCAUUGCGGACAUCAUCUUCAUCAUCGGGUCGCUAGUGCAGACACUAUGCGCCAUCAACACGACCAGCCUGGCUCAACUCUACGUCGGCCGCGUCAUUGGCGGAUUUGGCGUCGGACUUGUCUCUGCAGUCGUCCCUACGUACAUUGGAGAGAACGCCAACAAAGAGAUCCGCGGUCGCUGCAUUGGAUGCAUGCAGCUGUUCAACGUGACGGGCAUCUGUCUGUCGUUCUUCGUCAACUACGGCAUCAGUCUGCAGAUCAAGACUCUGAGUAGUGCAAAGUGGAGGAUUCCUUUCGCGCUCCAGAUGCUGCCGGGGGCUCUCCUUCUGAUUGGUAUCGUCUUCCAGAACGAGUCGCCACGUUGGUUGGUGGAGAAGAACCGCCUGGCAGACGCUGCGAAGGCAUUGGCCACUGUACGCGCGAAACCUAUCGACGAUGCCGACGUCUUGCAAGAACUCGAUGAGAUUGUGAAGGACUUCCAGGGCCAUGAGAAGCUUCCGCUCCGCGCUCAGCUUCGAUCAGCAUGCUCGAGCAAGCGCAUGUUCUAUCAGAGUUCCUUCGCCGUCAUACUCAUGUUCUGGCAGCAGUGGACGGGCACGAAUUCAAUCAACUACUACGCGCCUCAGAUCUUCCAAACGAUUGGCCUGAAGGGCCCCUCGGCCGGGCUGUUCGCUACUGGCGUCUACGGCAUCGUGAAGAUUGUGGUGACAGCGAUUGGCUUGAUGGCAUUCACGGAGCAGAUGGGGCGGAAGUGGUCGCUCCUUAUUGGCUCGCUCGGGCAAGCAUUUGCUAUGUUCUACAUCGGGGUCAAUUCAGCCGUCAAUCCGGUAAAAGAGGGCGACGCCCUUUCCGGUAACAGCAUCUUCGCCAUCGUAUGCGUGUACCUCUUUGUAGUGUUUUACUCGUUCGGAUGGGGACCGAUUCCUUUCGUCUUGAGUUCGGAGUGCUCUCCCAACCACGUUCGGUCUCUCAUCAUGGCGGCAGCGCUGAUGACACAAUGGCUCUUCAACUUUGUGAUUGCCAAGAUCACUCCGCUGAUGCUGAGCGGCAUCACGUAUGGGACGUUCUUGCUGUUUGGAUCCUGCUGCAUCAUCAUGGGCAUUUACACAAUCUUCUGCGUGCCCGAGACGAAGAAUGUGCCGUUGGAGUCGAUCCACCACCUCUUUGAGGGGCGCAUCAUCGCCGGAUGUAUCAAAGACACGAUCCCGCGGCACUCGCGCGCAAAGCAGCUGCAGCAUCACCACGUUACCAACGACGAUUCGUCCGAGACGGGCAAACCAGCAUCGAAGGGAAUCCGCGCAGACGUGCAGCAUGUCGAGGAGGCCUGAGGCAGGCGCCGCGUGCGGACGGGGGACUGUGGGUGGUGAUGGGCGAGACGUGGAGGAGGCGAUUUGUAUACGUGUCACUGUAGGAAUG